GCUGCCCGCUCGCUCCCCGCCGCCCCCCAUGAGCGCAGCCCCGCGCGGCCCGGGUCCCUAGGCGGCGGGGCGCCCCCCAUGCUGCUGCAGCCCGCGCCGUGCGCCCCGAGCGCGGGCUUCCCGCGGCCCCCGGCCGCCCCCGGCGCCAUGCACGGCUCGCAGAAGGACACCACAUUCACCAAGAUCUUCGUGGGCGGCCUGCCCUACCACACCACCGACGCCUCGCUCAGGAAGUACUUCGAGGGCUUCGGGGACAUCGAGGAGGCCGUGGUCAUCACCGACCGCCAGACGGGCAAGUCCCGCGGCUACGGCUUCGUGACUAUGGCCGACCGGGCGGCAGCUGAGAGGGCUUGCAAAGACCCCAACCCCAACAUCGACGGCCGCAAGGCCAACGUGAACCUGGCCUAUCUGGGUGCCAAGCCGCGGAGCCUCCAGCCGGGCUUUGCCAUCGGCGUCCAGCAGCUGCACCCCACCUUGGUCCAGCGCACGUACGGGCUGACCCCCCACUACAUCUACCCGCAAGCCAUCGUCCAGCCCAGCGUGGUGAUCCCCGCCGCCCCGGUGCCACCACUGUCCUCGCCCUACAUCGAGUACACGCCAGCCAGCCCCGCCUACGCCCAGUACCCGCCGGCCGCCUACGACCAGUACCCGUACGCCGCAUCCCCCGCCACAGCCGCCAGCUUCGUGGGCUACAGCUACCCGGCUGCCAUGCCCCAGGCCCUGUCGGCCGCCGCGCCCACAGCCACUGCCUUCGUGCAGUACCAGCCCCCGCAGCUGCAGCCCGACCGGAUGCAGUGAGGCCGCUGGCCCACGUCGCGGCCACUGUGCUCUGGGUGUGCCCGUACCUGUGCCUCUGGAGACCCCGCGGGACCCCGCUGCACCCCGGGGACAGCCUGUAGUCCGCGCCUCCUUGAGUCCAGGACCCGAUGUGACUUGAGGGUGGACUUAGAGAGAAAGGAAUGCCCGAGGGCUACCUGAAAACGCGCCCCAGCUCGCGCUCGUCACCAGCCUGCUUCCUCCAGCUUCCCGGCCAUCCCUGCACUGAGCUGCCCACGGGCCUGUCGCCCGCAGCCCGGUGGGGCCUCCUCCACCGCCACUGACCCCGGCCACCCUUUGGGUGGCUCAGAAACUGCCCCUCAGCGAUGCCUUACUCCAGGGAACCCAGGACCAGUGAAGGGAGUUGCCUAUUUAUUGUAGCUCCAUCCGCACAAGCUGUGAAGGCGGCGGGAGGUGUGUCAUUUCUGCGUGGCGGCCCCCCCAGACCCGAGGGCCCAGAACCGUGAGGAGCCCGCCACGCCCUUGCCUGCCGGGGAAGCCCCGCAACUCUUUUCUUACCAUCAUAGUUUUGCUACUAAGGUGAUUUCAGAAUUUCAGUCUAUUUUUUCAACGGAGAUUGCCGCCAUCAAGAAUCCCGAGCCCAUUUGUAACUUUGAGGAAUCCCCUUUUGUCGACGGCUCCGCCCCAGGAGACGGUGACAGUGUUUCUGUAUUUCACGCAUCUGUUGGCUCCCUGCAGGCGCCCUGGGAGGGUGGGCGUCUCCGGACCGAGCAGGAGGUCCCGCUCAGCGACAGUAAGUUGUCUUGGAAGCUUGUCCCCGCCCCUCUUCCCGCCACCCGGCGCCUCCCAGGGCAGGAGGGCAUGGGGCCCCAGGGCAUGCAGCUGUGGGCAGGACCACGGCGUCCAGGCCAGCUGGGUGGGGAGGCUCGGAGCGUGAUGGUGUGCUGCCCUCCGUCUUGGUGCCGCCUGUUGGGUGCCACCCCGAGCUGCCAGACCUGGGGCUCGGUGGAGAGGCGAGGCCGGGGGGCUCCUGGAGGGGGUGGUGGGGCCUGGGGAGUCUCCAGGAGGGCCGGCCCUGCUUGGAGGAGGCGGGGAGGGUGAGAUGAGGGGUGGCCUGGCCGGGAGCGGGGCACUGGGGCUGUCCCUCCGGACCUACCUCAGGGAAGCGGGGCCUCUGGCUGCGGCCCGGCGAGCGCCUGGCGGUGCCCCCGGCACAGGCUCAGGGUCCGGGAGAUAAAGGUAGCUAAUGUUAUAAUAAUAUUUUUAUUAGGAUGUUCUGAUUAUAAAAAUAAAACCUGUUUUCUUUAAAGAAAAA